ACUUGUCUAGUCACUUCUCGUAGUACAUAAUAAGUAGAGCUUUAUAUUUCCAUAUUCAUUUACGACACUUUCUUCUCCGUCGUGCAGAACUAAUUGUUAUACAAAAAUGUUUUACAAUACUGGGAUAUUUGUUACCAUAUAUCUGGGUGUCCUGACAAUUGUUGCCGGCGUAUCACACAACAAGAUACAAAUCCGCCGCGGAGAGCCUGCUACCUUGAUGUGCUAUUUUCAAGAUAUAGACGCUCGGGAAUCGAUUCGUUGGAAGUCUAAAGAUGGACUGUUGACGAGCGGAUUGGUUGUUUACAAGCAUCCGAGCAACCUCGAAGUCCAGAAGCCAACUCAGCACGACUGGAACCUGAUCAUUAAGAAGGUGGACGACACGUUUGCGGGAGAGUAUACGUGUGAGACGAGCAACGAAAAGGUCAUCGCUCGAUACUUACUAGAAAUAGUCGAUGCUCCAAGGAUUAUUCCAGAACGUUCGUCUGCUUUUCAUGAGGAGUUCCAAGAAGGCAGCACGCGGGAAAUGAAGUGUUACUUCUCGGGUGUUCCAACGCCCAAAGUGCGCUGGUAUCGGGGGUCGAUGGACGCCGUGGACACGAGAAUAACUGGUGAGAUACUUCGUCUGCCGGACGUUACUCGCUACGCGUCUGACACUUACAUUUGCGAGGGCGAGAACGAUGUAGGCAGCCUCAACUACACGAUCGACCUGCAAGUGAACUUCCCAGUGGAAGUAGAUGUGAUGAAUGAGGUCAUCUUGGCCAGCGUGGGUGAUCAGCCCUCCCUCGUAUGCGUUGUGCAGGGACAGCCCAUCAAGCCCAUCAGCGCAUACUGGGCGGACAAGAACGGCAUCCGGAUAGAAACUGCAUGGCAAUUCAUAGUCACUACUGAGCAAGAGGAAGGUAUUCCUGUGAAAUUCAUAACCGCAACCUUCAAAGCUGGUACUCUGGGAAAACACGACUUUGGAAAUUACACAUGUGUCGGAGCCGGGAACAACGGUGAAGCUAAGAAAGUUACCCAACUGGUUGAGAGACAGCCAUGGGCGUAAUAUACUACAAUUUAAAGAGGAAAUAUUUCAAAUUCACGUGUGAAUAGUGUUCGUCUACUUUAUUGACAUGAACGAAAAGAAAACAACCGUAGACUAUUGGAAAUGUACUGAAACACCUAUACAAGUAAUAAUUAAAAAAAACUGAAAUAUAAUUUAUGAUUUCUAUGUAAUAAUGUAUAAUGUUUAUGAUCAUGUUGAUUUAUAAAUAGAGAUAUUGACACAAUCAUGUAACCGCACACAUUUUUAAAUCAAUGUUAAGAUGAUACUUUUUUAUAUAGCCUUUUUAGAGACAGCACAUCUAUGAACAAAUAUGACAUUUAAGUUUAGUUUAACAUUUUGAAGAUUUCCACUUUACCGUUUAAUUAACCGUUUACAAUUAGAAUAAAGCCGUUUAAUUUUUGUAACGUGUUGCAUCCUUACUUGUAAAACAUGACCUUGUUAAAUUUAUUGUAUUCUCUGUUUCAACACUUUUCUAAAUAAUUUUCUUUUCUGCUUACCGCUUUCUUCUUUCAUGAUUAUUGUGGUGUAUAAAAACGACACGCCAUCUUGUGCAAAUGUAUAAAGAAUUAACUAAAAUAAAAGUUGUUAAGCAAUAAA